GCCACAGGAUAAGGGACAUGCGCGCCAAACUAGCCGUGCUCAUCGCCGGCGCCUCUUCCCCGCCACCGCCGCCGCCGCGUCCCUUCUCCUCGUCGCGCCGCCACAAGCAGCCCACCCGGCUGCCUUUGCCCAAACCCGUCAACGCGCUCCAGAACGGCGGCGGCGGCGGCAAGUCGCUGCCCCUGGGGCGCGCCUGGCCGGCCGUCUCAGCCGCCCUCUUCGGCACGGGGUUCCUCCUCGGGCCGCUCCUCGACGGCAUCCAUUCACGCGUCGGCCUCCAGGUCUACGCCAACGGCGCCCUCGACUUGGGACCCCUCCACACCCACAUCCUGGUGCCGCCGCUGCUCGGAUUGUUCUACUGCACAGUCGGCAUGCUCCAGCUCUUCCUCGACGAGAAGGUUUUGCCCGCCAAAUCCAAGGCCACCGGGAGCCAGCGCGACACGGCGACGUCGCUAAUCGUCCUCGCCAUGUUCAUCGACCUGAGCGCGGAGAUGUACCGAGCCGGGGUGCCCAGCAACGUGGAGGCGUACGUGCUGUUCGCCGUCGCGGAGUUCGUCUGGCUCUUCCUCGACGGCUCCUGGCUCGGCUUCGCCAUCGCAUGCCUCGUCGGCGUCGCAUGCCCUCUCGGCGAGGUCCCGCUCAUCAAAUUGUUCGAGUGCUGGAGCUAUCCCAAUGCUGACAUCCUACUGUUUGGCACGGGGUUGAUGAGCUGGACGACGACAUGCUAUUUCGUGUACACUCCAUUCCUGGUGAAUCUGGCGAGAUUGCUCAAGUCACGGCUAGCGGAGAAUGACGCCGGUGGAAAGGAAGAAUGAAGCAGCUCUCACCACUGAGUUUCGGCAUUUUGGAAGAUGAUGCUCAAAGAGACCCCCACCUAUGGAGCCAGCAUGCUACAGUUAUCGACUCACGGUCGACAGGACAAAAAUGAGCUAAAACACGGUUGAGAAACCUAUUUGGUCGGUUCGGUUGUCUUAUGACAAGAAUGAGCCGAGGUGAUAAGCUACGAAGGACAAACGGAAUUGUGUAUGGGCUCCAUUUGCUACGAUAUAUGCGAACUUAAUUAGUCAA